AUGGCGGUUCCCCUAGUGCCUGUCGUUACAACAUCGGCUGUUGGCAAGGAAGUUGUACGCAAGGUUACAAUGAAGGGGACAACAGGCGUAUCCUCAAGCUUACUAAGGGGUUUUUUCACUCCAAUCCACCGGAGUUUUUGGGAGACGCAAGACUGCUGGAGGUGGAGGGUUGGUUGGAACAGAUUACCAAGACUUGACAUGCUCAUAGUUGAGGAUGAGGGGUUGAGAGUUGCUUUGGCGACCUUCCAAUUGAAGGGGACAGCGAAUUAUUGGUGGAAGUAUGUGAAGGGUACCGUAGGUACCACUUGGGUUGCGUUUAUCGAGGCCUUCUUGACCAAGUAUUUCCCUCCUUCUGCUCGGGAAAGGUUGUGGGAAGAGUUUGUUGAGUUGCGCCAGGGUGCUACUCCGUUGGUUCAAUUUGAGAGGAGGUUUGUUAGUUUGUCGAGAUUCGCUCCAGAAUUGGUGGCAAUAGAGGAGCGUCGUUGUUACGAGUUUGAGAGGCGGUUGCAUGAUGAUAUCCGGGAGAAGGUGGUUUAA